AUAGGACCAUGACUGGGGAACUGAGGCCAAGUCGCCCAAAGGCAGGAACCAAGAGAGCCAGCAGUGAGGCCUUCGGAUCUGACUAUGGCCUGGAGUAUGACAGCUACCCAGAUUACCUCUACAACAGGGUGUUUGACUACCAGCGUGUCCCAGCCUCCAUGAUGCCAGCCCCAGUGGAGCCCAGCCCUAUAAAACACUCCCGUGGCCCCUCUUCCUCCUCCGGCCUGCACCGCUCCAGAGACAGACCACAGGGCAAGAGGAAUGCCCAGCGCACCGGCUCUUCCAGCAACAGGGCUAAGUUGAAGAUGGCAGAGCUGUUGGCCAUAAAGAGUGAGUUGACUCUGAUCAAGGUGCAGAUUGAUGGACUGCUGGACAGUGUGGAAAAGAUGGACAGACGGAGAAAAGACCACUCAGAUUCACCUCUGACCGGGGAGGGCAGUGUGUCGGACUCAGUGAGCAGUCUGGACGACUCCCCUGUCAGCCUUCACCACAGACAGAGAGAGAGCCCAGAGCCAGGAGAGGCCAGCGAUGAUUACCACCAGCACCACCACAGGAUAAAUAACCAUCAUUCUGAUCUGGAAGAUAACAUGUGAGGAGAUCAGGUAUACAUGGCUAAUAAAGACUCAAUGAACCCGAUGACAGCAGCACAGCGACAUGGAGAGGGAUUCAAGUGAAAGGAGGAGUGAUCAUCUCUGAUCACAGUCAACAUGGACAGAACCCUCAAAUACACUGUACCUUACAAAGUUGGAUCUUCAGUGAAUCUUUUCUUUUGAUGAGUAAGAAAUAUUUCCCUGGUUAGCCUCAGUUCCUUUCCCACAGUCAGCUUCUGUCCAACUUCGUGUCUCCAGCUCCCCUUUGCAACAGGUUCCUACAGACUUAUGGACUCAACUAAAUAUGGCAGCUUUUAAAAAAAUGUGUCGUCUCUUGAAGAAGGGGACUGACAACUGAUAUGCUUCACACAGACAGACACACCCACAUUUAUACAACUACAGUUGAAGUCGGAAGUUUACGUACACUU